AGUCAGAGAUCUCCGCCCCAGUCAUCUUGGGCUACAGCUCGGAGCCCGGAUGCGCCGCCAUGCCGACUCUAUCAGCAAAUGGAAUAAUUUAUUCACCAACCUGCCUGACGCUGGGUGACUAGGAGUUGACUGAAGAAGUCGUCAGGGCUAGUUUGGAGGGCAGAGGAGCCUAUAUAGCGGGCGGACUAGCACGGAAGCUGUGUUUACGUGUGUGUUUGUGCUCCUUGCCACCGUUGUAUUGAUGCACGGACACUUGUGUGCUAGCCACGCUAACGUUAGCUCGAGUCGGGAGAGUGCUGGGUAGUGACAGUCCGGCCGGAGGCGGGGAGAGCUGGGAGAUCCAGAAAAAUUUCCAUGUCUGCAUCAGCUCCAGAAACCAACCAAGAUGUCUGUUGACGAAGAUAAAGUAAAAACCGGUAGUCCGCAGGCCAGCUCACCUUCAUCUCUGCAGCUCUCUGAAUGUACUGGAAGUUACAGUAAUAUAUCUGUAAUGAUGGAGGGUACCGCAGCCACCCCUGACUUAGCAGCUGCUUGUCCUGUCCCGGGCACUACAGCCUCACCAAAACACACCAGCACCACUGACACUCUCACCCAGUCAGAGAAUGCUGGACAGAGUGCCAGAGCGAAUGAGAAUAACAUCAACCGCAGAAACAGCUUUCAUCAUUCCAAACAACAGCAGCAAACGAAAGUAACAAAGCGCCGCAACACAUCCAAUUCUAGUUUCAAGCAUCCGACAUUUGGCAAGAGGAGACGAAGGGCCAACUCCGAGAGUGACUCCGUCCUGCCCACCAACUUCCUCUUGGGUGGGAACAUUUUUGACCCACUGAAUCUCAACAGCCUGCUGGAUGAGGAGGUCAACAAGGCUCUGAAUGCAGAGACGCCCAAAUCCUCCCCGCUGCCAGCAAAAAGUCGAGACCCCGUGGAGAUCCUCAUCCCCAGAGACAUCACAGAUCCACUGAACCUGAACAGUGGGAUAGCAGACAGCAGCUUUCUGGUGUCCCCCUACAAGAGCGGUGGGAGGAAGAGACACCGCAACAGACACCACGGAGGAGGAGGAGGAGGAGGAGGAGGAGGAGGUGGUGGUGGCGGGAUUUCAACCACACAGAUCAACCUCUCAGAAUCAGGAAAAAGUGAGGUUAAAACUGGCGCCUCCACGCCAAUUCCAGGUAUGUUUGCAUCAUGCUCUGCACUAGAUGUCUCCAAAGAGUCAGACAGUUUCUCCAGUAUCACAGGGGAUUCCCAUGAACACUCAGCUGACAACUCAGCCAGCUGCAAGGAGGAGAUGACAUCUGCGUCUAUGGACGAUUCAGUUCUCUCCACAUCAGGGGGACCAAACCAGCACACAAGCAGACGCAAGCGAAGGCGCAACUCUGGCAAAAUGGAGACUCCAGUGACUCAUUCCACCCCCAUAGGGAAGUCAGCAUCUGGAGAGAAGUGUUGUGGUACUACAGGGGCACCAAGGAAUUCUCAGUCCUUCCACACACCAAGGAGUGGACCCAAAUCUGGGUCAGGAGGUCGUCAGCACCAGCAGACCUACAACCAGGCGAAGGACCAACAGAAGAAGAAGUUCCAGUAUGGGAACUAUAACAAGUAUUAUGGCUACCGCAACCCAGGAGCAAGUGAAGACCCACGGGUACGUGUGCUUCGUCCAGAAUGGUUUGAAGGUAAAGACGUGCUGGAUUUGGGUUGCAACUCAGGCCACCUAACGCUCUAUAUUGCCAAAAUGCUAAGACCUGCACGCAUAUUGGGUCUGGACAUUGACAGUGGUCUGGUACAUGCAGCCCGUAAGAACAUCAGACAUUAUCUCUCAGAGCUGCAGACCCAAGAGGCCAGACGUGCAACGCAGGAGAAAAAGAGCACUGAACAGGAUGAGGAGAGGAACGGAAGAGCGAGUCACACAGGCAGUGAAAAGAAGCACAAUGAAGCCGAGAGCAGGGAUGAAAAUGGGAAACCAGUGAAAGGAGAAAGUGGCCCUGCAGAGGCUGUAAAUGACAAUGACUCCUGUCACACAGAUGAGGCAGGGGCCCAGAGGCUGGACAGCAAAACAGAGGAAAUGGCGCAGGAAGAUGGUGAUUCACCCCCUGCUGACCACUCUGUGAGCUGCUCUUUUCCUGUGUCCCUGCGGAUCUCAAGGGGGCCCAUCGCUGCACCUCCACUAACAGAAACAUCCAGCACGCGGCCCGGGGAGUUCCCCUCAAAUGUGUCCUUUGUCAAGGCCAAUUAUGUACUGGAGAACGAUAAUCUUCUUGUGACUCAGCGGCCAGAGUACGACGUGAUCUUGUGCCUGAGCGUUACCAAAUGGGUUCACCUGAACUGGGGGGACAGUGGCCUCAAACGUCUCUUCAAGAGAGUCUAUAGACAUCUCCGUCCUGGAGGCAUGUUCAUCCUGGAGCCACAGCCCUGGGAGUCCUAUGUGAGGAGGAAGAAGCUGACUGAUAAUAUUAGCAGGAAUUAUCACAGCAUCUGUCUCAAACCUGACCAGUUUUCAUCGUACCUUACAAAUGAGGUGGGCUUCACCAGUUUUGAGCACCUUGGGGCCCCCAAGUGUUCAAUAAGAGGUUUUCAGAGGCCAAUCUACUUAUUUCACAAAUGACCGCUUCUGCCUUGAAGAUCAUUGAAUGUGAGUAGCUUAAACCGCCACCAUACAUACAAACCAGCCAGCUGCCCCGGACUGUAAGGAAUCAUCUGAAUCCUGAACAGUUACUCCAGCUUUUCAGAUGCUGAAGAUGAAAUUCGUAAAGGAGAAUGGGACCAAAAGUGGGAUUAAUUUUGUAAAGAUGAGCUCGGUCAAGAAGAGGCACCUAUCAGAAUCCUUUGUGACUACAAGUAAUUGGAAAAAGUAUGGAGUGAACUCAGAUAGGACUUGGUGUAUAACCUGGAGCCAAACAUCAUUGUUUGGCCAGACUGUGGAAGAGGUGCUCAGCUGAUCAUUUCCUCGGACUGUCCUAGUGCUAAUGACACCCCAGUUUGAUGCACGGCCAUAAUGUGUUUGAAUAUCUCUGUCCAUAUAUCUUUACUUUUAUAACUGUGUUCUGUGCCACCAUAUCACCAUACAUCAUACAUAUUAGGGUCGGUUGAUUGGGCAGAAUUUUCCAGUGGGCCACCACAUCUGCAGAACUGCAGUACACCACUGGAUCACAAACAGAUCAUAUACAGACAUGAUGUGUCUUGAUAAGCCACACUGGAGUGCAGGUGGUUUUAUUCUAUGCUGUGGAGAUAACCUGCGCCGUAAAUAUUGCGGGUUACUAAUGGAAGAAUUUGUCCCUUUGGAGGUUAAAUAUCUGCAGCCACGAAUCCUGUAAAGGCAGAUAUAUAAAUGCACAUAUUUUGGGGAUUUUUAAAUUGGCCAAAUAAAGUCCACUAGCCUUAAAUUCAUUGUCUGGCUAAUAGCUGAGGUUUUUGCCCCAUCUCCCAACCCUAAUGUAUAGUUUGUUUUGUCAUAAUUUUGCAAAAUAGGCCUUAAAGCUGAAUGAACUUGAACCUGUUACAGAGCUCCCAACAUGGAUAACACUUUGAAAUGAAUAUGAAAAGUUCCUAAAUUACACAAACCUAUGAUCCUAUGAAGUGAAAAGUGACUAAAUAUAAGUGAUAAAGACACUGAUCCAUGAUGACAAAUGUGGACUCAAAACAACAAACAUCCAGCAAAAUACUGAAUGUUAACCCUCUUAAGUGCACAGCUGAGAUGUUUUCAAGGUGUUGUCUUUUUUUGGUGACAGCCAGAUCUUUAGAGAUGUAGUUAUCAAAUAUUGGAUUAUAUUAUUAUAAUAUGCAGAGCAGGCUCACUACCAUCUGGAAGAGAACUUAGUACAUCAACUCAAACCUGAACCUCGAGUCCAAGUUGAAAAAUCAGAUGUCUAAAUUUUCAAGAAAACAAUUUUGGCUGUUUUUGAGUGUUUUUAGAAAUCUUUAGUAAAUGUGUGUAAUUUCCUUGAUAGUUUGAACAGUUUAGGAAGCAACAAAUCACUUCAUGAGUUCUUUAAGCCCUUUUUGAUGCUCCAUGCUAAUGGUAGGGGGCACAUUUGAGCUAUGUUGACACCCAACUGUUGGCACAGCUCAAGAUAAUUCAGCACAGAGACCAUGAGGACUAUUUUGCAAGUUAAAUCUUUAGCAUGCAGUGAUCUUUUUCUUUUUUUUAAAUGACAGUUAAGCCAUAGCUCUACCUUUUAUACCGUAUGCUGUUUACGAUGUCCUCUUUGAGGUUGUGACGGAGAAUAUAAUUGAGUGUAAAAUUGAAGUGGCAAAGGACCUAUUACUAUAUUAUUACUAUUACAGAGUUGCUACAGCCUCUUUAACAUGGUAUCUGACAUAUGCAUCAGUACUGGACAGGCAUUAAUUCAAACAGCAUCACAAUCAUUUUAAGGACUUUUCUAGCACAUGACUCAACUUUAGUAAUAGAUUAUUCCUAAAAGGACUGAAAUAUAACCAUAUGACUUUUUACCAAAUUUAGAUAUUACCAUGCUGUUUGUAUUGAAGCACUGCCAAAAUAUUUUAUGGGUCUUUUGCUCUUGAAUUUGACAAAUAUGCCAUCAUCAUCUUUGUCUUUUACCCACUGAGGACACAAACAGUUAUGAGUUACAGGUAGUCAUUCUUUUGUGAUUGUAUCUUUAUUGGUGUGCACUGAGCUCUGCUCAUCUACAACCCUUCAUCCUAAGUGGCUGGUACAGGAAAUCUUCCUUUUUUAGGUAACAGUCUUUGGCAUACUAGGAUAGGAGAUGAUGGAAAAGAUGGAUGAUGUAUGUUUCUAUUUUUAAUAACUGAUCUAUGUAAAUAAGUUUGCAAAUUUUGUUUUACUGUUGUCGAUAUUAAGUUCAUAACUGCUUUUGUCAUUUUCCAGUUGUUGUUUUUUUUUUUUUUUUUUUGUCUUGUUUUCAGAUGUUUGCUGCCAAUUUGUGAGUCACAGGAGUUUUUGUCCUAAAAUGGAUUGCUAAUCCAGCUCUGUAACAACAAAUGAAUAUGUACAUUGCAAUGUUCUGAUGUGUUUGCUUUGUUCUCUCCUGGCAGGCACAUGGAUUGUUAGAUUAGCUCUUUAUUUUUUUUAUAAACAGUUUGAAAGGAGUGUUGGUGUCAAUGCACUGUCAUUUGACUUGUUUGGACGUGCUUUAGACAUUUUCAAAUUCUUCAAAAUAGAAAAAAAAAAAACUUUUUCCAUCAAACUUUUUAUAACAAGUCGUGGAACACUGAUUAACCCAUAAAAUGAAGCUUCAGGUUACAUUUCGAAUUGAAAGUGAAUUGGCCUCAACCUCAGUUAGCCCAUCAGACAGAUGGCACCAAAUCACACCUUUCUCCUAAGCUAAGACAAUCGGAUUCUCAGGCUUAGAUCAGCCCACUGCUGUAAUUCCAAGGGCAUUUUGCUUUUUGCAUUAUUAAGUAAAGUUUUCCUUCUUGCUGGUCGCAUAAUGAGCAUUUUAUUUGAAAAGCAAAAUUGUUUAAACUAAUGUGUGCUGUAGUGUUUUGCCACCAAUGUUAAAGAAGACAGAUUUUAACCUAAGGCCUGACUUGUACGUCCAGGUAUCCAAGCUAAAGCAUGUUUUUGCUGGAGAUGUGAAUUUACAUGUUGUUAUAUAUAGUGUUGUAUAAGAUCUUUGUACUCUCCUUGAGGUUUUGCACAAAGUUGUGCACAGUCGAUAUUGUGAUUUUUUUUUUUUUUUCUGAUUUUUUUUUUUUUUCAUUUUUAUGAAAUCGAAAUACACAAAAGUUAGUGUGUAAAAGUUAUAAUGACCGCAUUUCAGUAUGGUUUAAUACCAGUUACCAUUGCUAUUUCAUAACUUAUGAUGCUCAGAUCUCAUAUUCAGGUUAAAAUAGAGAACAAAACACUUUUGUGCAAUAUUUGCCCUUUAAAUUGUAAUUCUGCUCUUUUAGCCAGCAAAAAAAACAAAAAAAACCAAACUGCUAUCUCAUUGGAAUCAAUAUUCAAGUGUAGGAUAGUCUGAAAUUCAGGAAAGUGUUUUGAAUGUUAAAGCUUUGCGUCCAUGGUUUCAUGUUGCAAAGAAAACAGCAAGUAAAUAUGAGUAGAUACAUUGCAGCUAAAGCACUGCAAAGCAGUGAAUGCAUUUAUAAAAUUUUAUUCAUUUUUAUGUAUUUAUAUUUACUUAUUUUGUAUUUCUACUUGAAGACCAGUCCUGUUCCAAGAAGAGGUUCAGUGAUAACAGUAUUUGGUUAGCUGAGAGAAAGAGCUGUGCUGGGUUUGACUAAAAUCACAGGUAAUUUUUAAAUUUUUUUAAAGCAGAAUUAGUGCAGUUUUUAAUGGUAACUAUUCUACUACUAUACUGUACAAUAUAUUCGAAACCUGUGGCUACAACCUUACUGUAAGAUUUGAGCAGCAUCAGCAAUGAAAUUUUGAUUAAAUAUUUGUCAGAGACGCACCCUGACAAAAAUGGUCGUACUUACCUUUGCGCACCCGCCUCUCAUUAGUGUGAACUUUUCUAACAUUACAUCAAAUUGUUCUAUAACUGUAGUGCAAUGUCUUAAACUGGAUGUCUUAUACAAAAAUGUGAAUCUUUUUGUAGCACGAUAAAUGCAUAAACUCAAGGAGCGUAUACAUUUUAACAGCGCUAUAAUUCACCUCUCCAUGUUGAAUUUGCACUGAUAUGACUUGAGGGAAUUAAACUAGUUUAGUACAUUUUUGCAGUUAAAGUUGAUGUUUUACAUGUAACAAACUAGAAAUCAGUUUUCUGGAAAAACUGUUGGAAUAAAAUACCCCCUCUGUCAGGGAA